AUGGGCAAGACGUACCUGAUCACUGGCGCCAACCGCGGCAUCGGCUGCGGCAUGUUCGAGCACUACGCAGCACAGCCAAACAACACCGUCAUCGCCGCCGUGCGCGACGUCAACGGAGCCCAGAGCCUCCACAAUGUGCCGAAAGGCGCAAACACGACCGUCCUCAUCACAAAGAUAGACUCGUCCUCCAAAACCGACGCGUUCGAAGCCGCCACGGACAUCCAAACCCAAAACGUGACCCACCUCGAUGUCAUCGUCUCGGCCGCCGGGAUGGUCAAGAUGGGCAGCGUGGAGGACAUCUCCCUCGAGGACUACGAAGAGGGCCUGAUGGUCAACGGGAUCUCCGUCAUGCUGCUGUACAAGGCGAUGCUGCCACUGCUGCGCAAGGCGGCCCGCCCGGCUCGGUUCGCUUUUAUUAGUGCUAUUGGGGGGAGCCUGACGGAGAUGGAGAGGUAUCCGUACCCUAACAUCAGCUACGCCUCGUCCAAGGCGGUGGCCAACUCGCUGGUGCGUAAGAUGGGCUUGGAGAACGACUGGCUGAUCACGCUGUGUAUUCAUCCCGGGAUCGUGCAGACGGAGAUGGGCAAUAUGGCAGCGCAGGCGUUCGGUCUGGAGGAGGCCCCUGUCACCCUGAAAGAGUGCAGCACGAAGACCGCCAACAUCGUCAAUAAUGCUACGAAGAAGGAUCAUUCAGGGAAGUUCUUCAAUGAAACGAUUGAUCAAUUCAUCCCGUGGUGA